AUCAUACUAAUUAAAUCUUACAGAUGAGGACUUUUGCUGUGGCUUGCAAUCACCCGAUAUGGCUACAAUUCAUAAUGAGCGCAGAACACAUAAUCGCGGUACACUGACGGUUAAUGUUAACGUAUUGCUUUUAAGCUUGGCAUCACCAGAUGAGAGCAGCUUGAAAUAUGAAGUGGAAUUUCUGUUGAAUCAGCAAUGGAACGAUCCGCGUCUGCAAUAUGGCAAUAAGUCUCAUUAUGAUUUCUUAAAUGCUUUGCAUCAUCAUGACAGUAUCUGGACGCCCGACACAUAUUUCAUUAUGCAUGGCGAUUUUAAGGAUCCCAUCAUACCAAUGCAUUUCGCUUUAAGAAUAUUCCGAAACGGGACCAUUACAUACGCAAUGAGGUGUGUUAAAUCAAUUUGAAUAAUCUCAUAAUAA